AUGUCUUUUUACUAUGUCGAUAUACCAGUAUGCACGAAACAUCCAGGCACUUCAUGUUAUAUGAUGGUAUUAGAAUACGCUGCAUGGCAAUCUUCACAGAUUUCUCAGGAAAAAUCACCCAUUAAGUUGGGAAAUAAAAAUCAAAUUACUUAUGGCAUUACAUAUUUUCAUCAAGGUGGUUAUGCACAUAGAGAUUCACAUAUAAGAAAUAGCUUGCAUACCGAAACUGGAAAUUUCUAUAUUAGUGAGCUUCGUCUAGGAAUAAUUCCUGAAUAUAUACGACGACAAAAGACAGAAAUUAUUCCUGGAACACCAAAACCAUAUCGAUUCCUAAUGCAACGAUGCUGGGAUACAGAUCCGAAACGAAGACCAAUUGCUGAAGAAGUCUAUAAAACUUUUUCCGAUUGGAAGACCCAAAAAAUUGGUCAUGGUGGGAUUAAUAUCAACGAACUCGAAUUGUCACUCAAUUUUAUCAAUUGGAGAAGUGGAUGUUCAAGCUACAUCAGAAUUAUCACAAAUGAAAAUAUGUUAGAGGAUCCAGAAGAUUUUAAAAGUUCAGAGUAA